AUGUCAAAGCCCAAAGACCCAAGAUUUAGAGAUAAAGCCACCGAGGAUUUUUAUUCAGGAGAAAGAGUUCUCAGAUUUCAAGAACUUGGUCGCAGUGAAAAACAAGAAGCUCGCCAGAAAAUUGGUGAUAAAGGUCAGCAUAGCAUUCGUUUAAGCGUAUGGCAAGUAAAAUUAAAUAUUAUGGUAAGAGAUAAAGAUUUACAUCCUAUUCAUCCCGGAGAGAUAUUACGGGAGGAGUUAUUAAAAACUUAUCAGAUUACUCCGCAACAAUUAGCCCAAAGUAUCAAAGUAGAGGAGAAUAUUGUUAAAGAAAUAGUUAAAGAACAGCGGGAUAUUACCCCCGAACUCUCUUAUCGUUUAGACUUACAGAAGCAUUAUGAGUUAGAGUGUUGGAAAGAACAGCAAGAGUUAAAGAAAAUAGUUAAGCAAGUUCAGCCGAUAAGUGCUGUCUAUGUCAAAUGUGUUCCUUCGGAGUUAAGAAAGUCAACUUAUCGAAAAUUAAGAGAACUUAACAAUGCCCAAGAUUCCCGAGAUUUACGAAAAACUCCCAGCAACCAUUUUGAAAAACUAACUGGCAAGCAACAUUUUGGUUAUUGUAGUAUUCGUAUUAAUGAUCAAUAUCGCUUAAUUUUUCUUUGGCAGAAUAAUAACGCUUACGAAGUAGAAAUUAAUAAACAUGAUAAAAAGGAGGAUUUUUUGUUGCCUUUGAAAUUAGCACCGGAAAAACUGGCUAAAAAUAUUAAAGUUAGUUCACAAAUAAUUCAAGAAUUAAUUGCUGAAAAAAGAGAUUUGGAUAAAGAUUUAGCUACUCGUUUAGCUCUUUAUUUUGACAUGAGUACCGAAUUCUGA